AAAAUCAUUUAAAUCGGCAUUGUCUGUGAUAUAACGGCCCUUUCACGGACUAAAAACUUUCUGAUAGUUGUCAAUACUUAUGCUUUUUCCAAUCAGGUGAGUAGGUCAUCCAUGAUGUUAUACGUUGGUGUGUUAUUUAUGUUAUUUCCAAUUAUACUUUCGGAAAGUUAUCCAAAGAAUCCGGAAAUAAUUGGAAACGAAAUAGACACGGAUUUCGCAAUUGUUGACAAGCUUAAUAACAGUAAUAUAUUAAAGGAUGCCGUCAAAAGAAUUGAUUCUGAGAAGGAGGUAAGAGAGGAGACUUCUACAAUAAAAGGAUCAAUAAUAAAUACAUCUACUGAAGGAAAGCUUGAGGCACUUAGUAAUUACGAAACAGAAGAUGAAAAAAGCGUGUCAACAAAAAUUUCUGAUGAGAAUAUAAUGGAUAAAACGGAAAUAUUCGAUGAGAGAUCUGAUGACGAGGACUUAUUUGAUCUUGUUGGUGACACAGUGAUUUCUUCAUUGAAGUUCAUAUGGCGUAAAGUAAAGAAGAUCUUUCACUGGGCUUGGAGCGGUACCUCGUGGUUCGGAUUGUGAUUAAACAUUAUAUAGCUGUUAUUUAUAUAGAAAUAUAUUAUUAUAAAAUUG